UUAUUAUUUUGGAUUCGUUUGCAAAAGUAAACGGUUAGAUUAAUUAUUUAGUUCUUUGGUGAAAACUAUCUAUGGUCUAUAUGAAAUAACGUUUAUUAAUAUUGUGAAUAAUCAAAAACUAAUCGCAGUUUGUAGAAUUUUAAAAUAAUUCAGUUUUUACACUUUAUGAGAAUUGAAUAAAAAUUGCUUGAUUUUUGAAUUAUUCAUUCGAUAUUUGAUUGACUGACAUCAUUUUAUAAGUACCAGCAUGCCACCCGUGAAACCUUUAAGAGUAGGAAAGCAAACUGGACCCAAAGGUAAAGUUAUGGUCGAUUUAAUUGUUAAAUAUUCUGUUUUCCUUAAGAAGACGCCACGGUUGUAGUUGUGCCUCAGUCUUUCUAAUGGACAUUAUAGUGGAAAUUUGUUUUCUGAGUUCCAAUGGUACUUACCUACUUUGCUUUUAACAAAUUUCAAAAAAAAAAAAAAUAAAAACAUUUCUGUCAAGUUAUAGACAUUUUCUAUGCUUCCAUAGGGAAUUUUUUUUUUUUAAUGUUUUCAUUUUUAUAUAUUAUAUUGAGAUUAAAAAAAAUAUAUAUAUAUUAAAAUGUUAACAUUUUCAACUACCUACAAAUAGAUUGUCUAGAAAUUGGAUAUAGAAAAAUCUAUGAAAAAAAUAAAUGUCAUCAUAAAUUCAAUUAUUUUUGUUUUAAGUCUAUAAGAUACAAAGAACUGUGGAACAUUGUACAUUCAUAAUUGCUACAUUGCCCAGUGAAAAGACAGAAAUGACAGAUGAAAUUAUAGUGUCCAUUUAAUAUGUUUGAUAAAAACCUGUACAGAUUUUAGGUCAGUUUUUAACUAUAGAAUACUAUGUAAUAAUAAUUGUAAUGCAAUUAUUGUUUUUCAAAAUGAGUAUUAAAUUAUUUUUAUUAUUUUCUUACAAAAUUAUACUAUAUGCUUAAAAAUAAUAUAAUAUGUUAUUUCAGAAAAAAAUAAAAUAUCUAAAAUAUCAAAACAUAUUAGAGAUGAUGAGGAUUUCUUUUUAGAUCAACCAAAUGAACGGCAAAAAGUAAAACAAUCGCAUCCUUCACAUUUGAAAGGACGAGAGAUUGGUAAUUAAUUUUGAUUCUAAUUAACACAUCUUAUUUUAAANUUAUAUCUUAUUAAUUUAACUUUAGGGUUGUGGUAUGCUCGCAAGCAAGCUAGUAAUAGAGAAGAUGAAGAAUUGCUUAAUAUUGGCAGACCAAAAAUUAAACCUCCUCGAGGUUUACAAGGCGAUGAACUCAAUCUUUGGUAUAAAGAACGAAAUCGAUUAUGUCAAAAAAUUAAAAAAAAAGAAACUCAAAAAGAAGGUGUUAAAUGUGUAAGUUUGUCUUAAACAAAUUGAGAUAUAAAGGGUGAAUGUAAAGUACUUAUUUUAUUAGGCCUAACAUAAAAAAGUGUAGUAAAUUAUUUGUUUUAAAUUUUUUUUUUAAUAGUUAAAAUAUUACCUAUAUUUGAAAAAUAUGGUAUUUUUAAAAUAAUAUUUAGUUUUAAUUUGUGGAAGUAUUUUAAAUUUUAUUAAAAAUUUCAGAUUAAUAGUUCCUUACUAUGCUAGAAAUAAUUUAGGUUUUAUAUUUUGUAUUUCUUUUUUCUGAAGUCUAUUAAGUUAAGAAUUGAGGAUAUUGAUUACGCAGAAGAGAAGUUUCAAAAAAUUGAAAACAAAAUGCCAAUUCCUGAUGAAAACAUAGCUUGUGGUUUAUUAAAGUUGGAGAAAAAAGAUUUUGCUAAACCUAAGUAAAUUAUUUAGCCUUUUUGUAUUUUAUGUUAAAUUAUUAUUAAACAUAAUAUAACUUAUAAAUUAAUCAAGGUAUAGGACUCUCAAUCAUUUGACUAGAAAAGACAUCAUUGAACACGAAAAUACUGAAUAUAUUAACGAUAGAUACAAAAAAUUGGAGGAUUCUAAUUUCAAAAAGAUAUUUUUGAAUAACAUAACUGGUACAAUGGAAGAAAAUCUUGUUGCUUCUAUUCAAAGUAAUAUGGUAAGUUUUUUUAAAUCUUAAAAUUAACAACAAUUUGAAAAAUUAAAUAAAUAUUCAUGUUAACAUUGUCAAGAAACUCCAAAACGACGAGGUAAAAAAUGAUAGGUUAAAAAAAGACCUUGAAGAUAAGAAAGAAAAUCCAAAAUAUAGAUCUAUGUGUGCGGUUAGAAGAAAAUUACCUUCAUAUAAGAAAAAAGAUGAAAUUUUAGAACUUAUCCGUAAAAAUCAAGUUAUUUUGAUCAGUGGUGAAACGGGUAUGUACCUAAAGUGUAAUAAAUACUUUAUACUAUUUUAUAUAUAUUCAAAUGUAAUUUUUAUGUUCAUAAACUGUUCAUAGGUUGUGGUAAAACUACACAAAUGGCCCAGUUCAUUCUUGAUGAUGCAAUUAUGUCUGGCCGUGGUUCAACAUGCAGAAUAGUUUGUACUCAACCAAGGAGAAUUAGUGCUAUAUCAGUAGCUGAACGUGUUGCAAAUGAAAGGGCUGAGCGUAUUGGAGAUGAAAGUGUCGGAUAUCAAAUAAGGCUAGAAAAGUAAGAUACAAAAAAAAAUUGACAUAUUUCUCACGAUGGUUGCUGUUGUAGGUGAGAAGUUGGAAAGGUAGGGUAUAGAAGAGAAUUUCAUAUAUAUCUGUUCGCAACGAUUAAUCUUUGAUUACGAAAAACGAUUUUGAGCAAAGUUCCAUUGUACAUGUUUUGUUAGGCUUAUCUUGUUAAUAAUUAAGAUUUGAAAAUAAUACAUUUCAUACAUUUUCCCGUUUUUCAAAUUUAUUAUACAAACAUUUGGGAAAAUCAAAAAUAUCACUUCCUAAUUCCUAUUUCCCUAAUACUAACCCAAUCAAAUUUCUUUUCAGAAAAAGUGCUACACUUGAGUAUUUGAGCUUAAUUUCUUGUAGAAAAAGUGUUCACAGAAAAAAAAAAAAUUACCAUUAUUGUAAAACUAAUACUCCAUUCGGAAUCUAAAAUAUAAUUAUAAAAGCAUAAAUUCUAUUAUUGUUUUUUUUUUUUUUUAGAAAACUGGGACGUGAAUAUGGAUCUAUAUUGUUUUGUACUACAGGUAUUUUACUUCAACACAUCCAAAGAGAUUCAGCUCUAAAUCAUUACUCACAUAUUAUUGUUGAUGAAAUACAUGAGCGUGAUACUAUUAGUGAUUUUAUAUUAACCAUUCUCAAGAACAUCAUACCUGUUGUAAAUAAAUAAUUUCCUAUAUGAAAAUAAAUUUGUAUUGUGAAAUUUAAAUAAUUUACUGUCUAUUUACUGUUAUUACAGAGACCUGAUAUUAAAGUAAUAUUAAUGAGUGCAACAUUAAAUGCUUCAGCAUUUUCCAAGUAUUACAAUGAUUGUCCAUCUUUGAAUAUACCUGGUUUUACAUAUCCAGUCGAAGAGCUUUACCUUGAAGAUAUUUAUACUUUAAAUAGGUUUGUUAAUAUAAUGUCAACCAAUGACUAUUCAUUUCUAAAAUUUAAAUUAUUUUAUACAGGUUUAGGUAUUUUCCUAAAAAAGCAGUACAAAAACCACGCAAAAUAAAGAUUGGUGAUCCAUUUGGUGAACAUGUUCUUCCAUAUGUUAAGUAAGUAUGCCUAAUAGAUUUAUCUAAGUAUCACCAUUGGCAGUGACGUAACGAAAAAUUGAGCGGUCUGUAUAUAAUUGCAGGUCUUUCAACAAUUAAAUUAUACAGCAGAUUCUGAAAUUGAAAGGACACUUAGUUUACACUUAAUUUACAUUUCACUAUACAUGUACUAUUCAUAUUAAAAAGUUUUCUAAUUAUUUUAUAUAUAUAAUUUUCUAUACAUGGACAUACUGACUGGAAGAUUUGUCAUUUUUCUUGUUUUUAUUUUUAUUUAUUUUUGCCUCCUAAUUAUAAUAAAAAUAAUGCUGGUGGUACGCUUUGUUAAGCAUUUAGGGAAGUAGAGAAAGUGCAUGGCUUGCUUUGAGCGUAUUACAUAGUAUUGAGUGCAUCGUUUAUGCCUUUGACAACAAAGCAUUAACAAUCUAAUACAAGUUGAAUCAAGUGCAUCAUGUUGACUUUUGAGUUUGACUACUAUGGGAAUGUCUUAGGUGUGAGUGUACUGCUAGUAUUAGGAUUUAUACUUACUUUAAGGUCCUACUGACCCUGUGCCUCGCAACGUCACUGGUCAUUGAAUUUUAAUAAUCUAUUAUGAAACUAAUGGUAUAGUUAUAAAUGUAAUUGUAAAUAAUGUUGCUUAGUGAAAUGAGAAGACUCAAGAAAUAUCCUGCAGCUAUCCUAAAUUGGUUAGAAACUCCAAUGUCUGAGGAAAUUGACUAUGAACUUAUUUUAGAACUUAUUAAUUAUAUUUGCAAUAAUAAAGAUGAUGGUGCAAUCCUUGUUUUUCUAUCAGGGUGGGAUCAAAUAUCAAAAUUGACUAGUAUUUUAAAAAACAAAGGGUUUGGAAACACAUGUAAAGUAUAAUAUUGGAUAUAAACUAUCAUCAUUUACUUAAUGUUUAUAAUUAAUAUUUAACUAUAUGUUAUUGUUUUUUUGCAGCCCGAUAUUUACUAAUUCCUUUGCAUUCCUUGUUACCGACUGUAUCUCAAAAAAUUGUUUUUGAAACUCCACCAGCCGGUAAGCUUAAAUUAUUUCAUUUAUGUAAUUAUAUUAUUGUAUAAUAUCACUCUUACAGGUGUCCGCAAGAUCAUAUUAUCCACAAACAUAGCAGAGACUUCAGUUACCAUUGAUGAUGUAGUUUAUGUCAUUGAUAAUGGUCGUAUGAAGUUAAAAGGAUUUGAUGCUGAAAAUAACAUUGGUACUCUCAAAGAAGAGUGGGUGAGCUUGGCUAAUUCAAAACAACGUUGUGGUAGAGCAGGUCGUGUUAGGCCUGGAAUUUGUUAUCAUUUGUAUACCAAAGGUCGUGAAAAGUCAUUUGAUGAUUAUGUAUUACCAGAGAUGAUGCGUACAAGUUUAGAAGAAGUGAUACUUCAAGCUAAAAUAUUGCAACUUGGUAUGGUAACUCCAUUCUUAAAAAAAGUCAUGAAUCCACCAGACACCAGAGCUCUCAAAGUGGCUUUGAAAGUAAGCUCUAAUAUACUUUAAAUCAUUUAAUUUACUAGUUAUAACCAAUUUAUUGUUUAGCUAUUAAUAGACUUAAAUGCUCUUGAUGAAAAAGAGAAUCUCACACCACUGGGAUUCCAUUUAGCAAAAUUACCAAUUGGGCCUCUUGAAGGUAAAAUGAUUAUUUUAGGUGCAAUGUUUAGUUGUUUGAGUCCUAUAAUGACGAUCGCUGCUAGCUUAAAUUUCAAAGAUCCAUUUAUGAUGCCAGUGAGUUGUUAAUUAUUUGUAUACAAUUUUAAUUUUUACAGAAAUUUUUUUUUAAAUAUAGGCGGCCAACAAAGAACAACAAUGUCGUGAACUUAAAAAAGAAAUGGACGAAAAUCACUUAAGUGAUCAUCUCUUGGUUACCAGAGCUAUGGGACAAUUUUUAAAGGCCAAACAAGAAAAUAGAGCAUGGGAAUAUUGCCGUGAAAAUUUCCUCAUGUAUAAUAAUAUGAAUAUGUUAUCUGAUUUGAAAUCUCAAUUUGCCAAGUAUUUAUGCGAUCUAGGAUUUAUUAAAACUUCAAAUUAUUUAGAUUAUGAAUAUAAUCAAAAUUCAAACAAUGUUAAACUAUUGAAAUGUGUGCUUGCUGCUGGCUUAUGUCCAAAUAUUGCUGUUUGCAAGUAAUUUAUAUAUUUAUGAUGUUUUUAUUUUAAUUGAUGAAUUUUAAUGAUAAAAUUUUUUUUUUAAGUUCCGAAGUAAAAGCAAAUGGUCGUAAAUUUGCAAAAUUUGUCACUGCUGAAGAUGGAAAAGUUGAGAUUCAUCCGAAAUCCGUGAAUACUAAAGAUAGUUAUUUUGAAAGUCCAUUGAUAUUGUACCACACCAAACUGAAAACCAGUUCAAUAUUUUUGCAUGAUACUACCAUGGUUAAUCCAUUUCCAGUGGUGCUAUUUGCCAAAACCCUUGAAAUUUCUGGUGAAAAAUCAAAUAAUGUUACAUUCACUCUGAAUCCUCAUAUUAACUUUACUUGUAAAGCCAGAACAGCAAAACUAAUCAAGGUAUUUACAUUAAUAUAAAUAUACAUAUUUAAAAUUUUAUAAUAAAUAUACUUUUAAUAAUGAUUAUAAAAAACCGUUUAAAAGUAUUGCUUUUUCAACAAUAUUUCUAUGACAACAAUGAUUGUUUAAAAAAGAUUAUUAAAGAUUAUUAAAAUAAUAAAAGCUUAAUAAUAUCAAAAGAAUAUAAAAAGCAGUGGCCAAUGGCAACCUUAUUUUUAAUCUUUUAAUCUUUUUUAACCUAAAGAACCAGGUUUUCCUCACUAUCUCGAAUAUUAAUGAUAAUUUCAAAAAAUGACUUAUAUAAAGUACCACCCAGAGAACAUUUCCUUUGAGAAAAGUUUCUAUACUUGAUAAUCUAAGUAAGGUUUCUAGUAGACAGAGAAGUGUUCACAAAAAAAAAAUAAACAUUGUAAAAUCCAUAUAUUUCUCAUUCCGCUCAUAAUUUAAAACAUGAAGUAAAUUUAAAGGCUAGUAAUUAAAAGUCUAAAAUAAUAUAUUUUGGUCUUAUUAAACCAAUUAGAUGAAGUAUAUAUGAAAAUAAGUAUUCAGAUUUAAAAAUAUUUCUAAUUGAGGUUAGAGUUAUGGCUCAAAAAUUAUAUUUUAAUGAAGUCGCAUUGUUGUAUUGUAUGCAUGUGGGCCAUAUCGUUUUUGAAUAAGAUAACUAAAUUUUUAUUUAUUUAUGAUUCAUGGCAAAAUAUUAUCAUAUACAAUUUUUUAAAAAUUGGAAUGUAUGAGGUGUGACAAUAAAUUUACGAAUAUUUGAGAUUUUAUAUUUAUAUAUAAUUUGUGCACACCCUCAAAGUACUACCUUUUGUGCCCGAUGCACUUAUUUUAGCGCUCUUCCCAUUUCUGAAAGCAUUCCUCGAAGAUUUUUGGAGUGAGGCCCUUCAAUACCACCAUCACCACGCAUGGUGUCUUGAAAUCCUCAAAACUGCGUCCCUUCAUCAGUUCUUUUAGAAAUAACCAAAAGUCCAAUGUAACCACAUCAUGGCUGAACAAGGGUGUGUUGUGAUGUUUCUUUUAUUAACAAUUGUUUCACUGAAAUUGCUGUGUUAGUAGGCGUAUUGUCAUCAUGAAGAGUCCAACCAUUUUCUGCCAAUUCAGAUCUCACAUGUGCGACUUGUGCACACAAUCGUUUCAAUACUUCACAGUCAUUUCUUCACAGAAAACAACUGUCACAAUCUAAAUGCAUUAACAAGCUCAAGCAUUUAAUGUAUUGCUUAGUGUGUGUGGUAUUCAGAGUACUUGUUCUUGCGUGGUCUUCCACAAAUUUACAACUAUUUUUAAAACAUGCCACCCAUUCAUACACGCAUGAUAUCAGAUACUCAUUACUGAAUAUGCAUUUCAAUUUCCGAUAAAUAUCAACUGGUUUUUUUUUUGAUGGAUAUCACAAAAAACUUGAUAAUAAUUAAUUGUUGCUUUAUUUUAAUUUCACAAAUUGUGUCAAUGUGUCAAAAACCAUGCUAACUACUUAAAAAAUGUGCGCAGCAUACAAUAUAAAUCAGAUCACGAUCAAACUUUAUACAACUUAAGUAACUUUUUGAAAAUUUCUAUAAGCCUAUCACAAAAGUGUCAAUUUCACCACUUGAAGCACUAGAAUGAAAUUCUUUGUUAUUUAAUUGUCACACCUUGUAUCUAGAAUAUAGUUAAUAUUAUUCUGAUUUUAUUUUUAUUUUGAAUUGACAGUGAUUAUCCAUCAGGUUAUAUAGACUAUCAUUAGAUUAAUUAAUCUUAUUUAAAUUAUAACUUUGUAAGUACAAACUUUGCCUACUUAAUAUUUUUCUUAGCAGUUUUUAUGUAGCUUGAUAUAUUGCUAAUUCUGACCAUUUUAAUUUUUCAAAGAUUUUCUAUAAUUAUAAAUACCUAAUGAGUUAAAUUUUUUUAUUUUAGCAAGUCAGAAAUAGGGUAAAAUGGCUUAUUGAUUAUUUGAUGUCUCAUCCAGAAGAAAUUAGUUCCAGUUCAAGUGGAAUCAGUGGAAAAUUACUCAAGUGAAUAUUUAAUAAUAAUUUAUGCAUACUUAAUGAAGUCGCAAUAGUUAUAAAUUGAUAUGGAGUUUGUUACUUAAUAAUUUGUGUAAUUUUAUGACAUUUAAAAUUAAUGACUACUAAAUUAAUACAUAUUUUUAAUGCCUAUACAACUGUAUUAUUGAAACAAAUAAUAGUAAAAUUAAUAUCUGAAGGAAAUCCUUCAUAAAUCUGAUCAUGGUGUAACAAUAAAUCAUAUGACAGGUGGCUUCAAGGUUUCUGAUUGAACUAUAAAAAACGAUCAGUUUUUAUCUGCGUAUCUUAGUAUUUUAAUUUCUGAUUAUAAUUUAAAAAAAAUACCAUAUAUGUAUUAUUAAAGUUAUCCAUAGUAGGAAGUCCAACUUACCCUUGACUAGUUUUGUUUAUAAUUUUGCAAUUCCAGAGUAAUAUAUCUAAUAAAUUUAAAUGUUAGGCCACAUUCGAGAUUUUUUUUUGGUUUUUAACUAUUGAUAACAGUAAUUUGUAUCAUUUCAAAACCAAAAGCACCUUCAUGUUACAUUUAGUUUUUUUUAUUUAUUAAAUAUAGUUUGAUCAAUACAAAAUUUUAUGAAAAUCUAAAUCAGUUUCUGAAUUUUUAUCACACCACUAGAUAGAAUUAAUAAUAAUAUAGAAAGUAUAUCUUUUGAACACAGAGUGUCAGAAACAAUAACAUUUCAGUAAUAUGUUAUUUUAGUUAUCUUAUAUUGUCUUUGAUUAAUAAUAAAUUAAUAUUUUCAGAUUUGUAGUUGAUCUCGUAUCAACUGAACAAAGUCCUGGCGUGUUGAAUUUUGCUUUAUAUGAAAAUUUAAAUAAAUAGACUGUAUAAUACAGUUGUAUUAGCUAUUUUUUUUUAUUAUUUUUUUUUUUUGUAAUGCCUAAAGCGGCAGGAAGUCAGGAGAAUCAAUGACACCAUUAAGAGGGAUGUGAUGUAAGAGUUAUAAGUUUGGAUGUAGUGAAUGUGAAGAAUUGUUUAUUAUUUUGAUCAUAUUAUUCGAGUAAUAAGAUUUUAUUAUAUUUUACAUUUAUAUUCCAAUAUUAUAUUUAACACUUUUGUCAAUUUAUAAAUUAUUUACUUAUUUAUUUGAAACUAAGAAACCAUAAAUUUUUUUCAGUGUAGCAUGAAGUAUUAUACUUUAUAUACAAGUUUUCUAUUACUUAAUUAAUAGUAAAAUGUUUUUUAUAUUAGAAAACAAAAAAUGAUUUAUAAUAAUACUAAAAAUAAACUAAUAAUAUGAUUAUUUUAACGGUAUGUAUGAUAAUGAAAAUCAACAUGCAUUUAGUUUUUACUGUAUUGUACUAUUAUUAAUUAUAAACAUGUUUUUAAUAAAUCUAAGUAAAUUUUGAGACAAAUAAUUAUUGCGAUUUGUAUCAGUAAUCAAAUUGCAUUUUGAGUCAUAAGCUCGCAACCAAAUUGUCAUCAAUAUAUUGUUUCCAAAAAAUAUUAUUUAGUGUAAUUAAUGUGAAUUCUGAACCAUUAUUAAUCAAUAAUAAUUUAUUGCAAUACU